AUGAAGGCCACCACUAUCGGCACCCUCCUCCUGGCUGCCGGCACUGCGCUGGCCGUCCCUGGCAAGCGAGCCCAGAAAGACGUCGUCAUCAGCGCCUUUUCUGCUUCUCAAAAUGACCAGCAGGGAUUUGUCACCUUCAGCCUCAGCGACCCUAACUACAACAAGGCGCCUAUCAAUGCCAACGUGAUCUGGGAACGCCCCGGAAACCCUCCCUCAAACGCUCGCACCGGUGACGGCGCCUACCUCGUCCGGUUCCCAGAAGGUGUGGACGACAUCUCCACCUUCACCCUGCAGGUCCAGCGGGUGAACGGCACCUCGGGGUUCUCGCUUACCGUCGAUGAUGCCGCCGAGGACACCAACUGGCAUUGUCAUGACGUUGAUGGCUCCCAGAAUGGGAAGAAGUGCCACUUCAAUGGAAACAUCGUCUUUUCCCCUCCUUCGCCUUCUUCGUCUCCUUCUCCUUCUGCCUCUCCCUCCGCUUCUCCCUCUCUUACCCCCUCGGCCUCUCCUUCUCCCACGCCUUCCGCUGAGCCCUCCUCUUAA